CUGUAAAGCUGAACUCAUAGAUAUUUUGGAAAGUGGCAUCUAGAGAUGAGAAAACCUCCCAAGAUUCAAAUUGGGUCUAAGCACAAUUGUCAGAUUUGUUUUGGAUCCGGAUGCCAACGCAAUGUAUGUACAGCAGCAGGGACUCUUGUCAAAAGCAGGUGUCCCUGUUCCUGUACAGUACAGUGUCCCAGCCCAGUGAAUAUAGUGAGUGAAAGCUAGGAUCCAUACAGCACCACCACUCACAACGGGGCUGCUCAGCAAGGGAUGAAACAAAUCUGAAAUUUCUCACAAAACUUUUAGAUUCUAAUGACUUUUUUUUUUUUUGCGCAAUUCAGACCUAAUCAGACUCAAGCCAAGGUGAUUCGCUCAUCUCUAGUAGCAUCAAUUGAGUAUAGAUGCAUUUUUUUCACCAGUUGUCCAUUGGUCUUCCAUUAACUUUGGAAGGAAUAGAACUAAUGCAAAAAAUGCACUAAUGAUGCACAUCCAUCAAAAAGGCCCAAAUGUGAAGCAAAGUUAAGAAGCAGCACUAUAGUACACAGCAUUAUAAGGGAGCAGGGAUACUUUUAAAGGGUAUGUACAUAUGAGAGGGGUCACUGGGCUUGGCUCCCCACCAAUGGCUAGAUCCCCAGGGCAACGGCCUUAAUGUGAAGCCAAUAGAUGCCCCAGACUCACAAACCCUAAACAAUCUUUAGAUAUUGAAUCCUACCCCUUCACUAUUUAAUGGGCUCAAAGUGCUGUAACCUCGAACCUUUUAGAAGACCAAGACUUCUCAUAUGACCGGACUGAUGUCCUAGGCCCCACUUAUUAUCCUGUUACCUCUGAGAAAGUUAGCAAGUUCAGACAUUUUUGGAAAAACAUAUGAAGGGCUUCCUGUGGUCCACCACCUGAUCUGACAUUCGGCUUCAAGAGACGCUAGUGCUCGUUGGGCCGUACAGUUGCCUUGGGAACCAUAUGAUAUGUACAGUAAAUACCCAACUGUCCUGAUCACCAGGAUGUAAAACGGGCAGCAUUUGUUAAAAACCUUCCUAAAAGAUUGCAUUUUGGGGCAUUUCUGAGUGUUUUGGGGGGUGAGGCUUAUGUGCCCAGAAUUUAUCUUUUUAAAUAUUGGUUAUGGAAACCUUUAGUGAGCUGAGCCUGACGGAGGCUGAAUUCACACCACAGAGGGUAGAAAGUCAUGAGGAUCCACCUCCCGAGGACUGCUGGGAUUUCUCGGUUGCCGUCGCGGGAGGACCAGGUGUUGGGAAAACCGUUCUGAUACAGGCCCUUCUGGGCUUCAAUGAGAAUGGAGAACAUUCGAGAGCCGCCUUUCUACAACCUAAAAAGCCUGAUGGCCCUUUACUGCACCUUCACCCUUCCCACCCUGGUCUUACCUUCUGGGAACUACCCCUAGAUUAUGGUUCUCCUGACAAGUGGGUGUCCGAGGCAGAUCUUCUUCUUCUGGUCACUGAUGCCCAGUUCACACAAGCCCACAUUGACUUGGCCCAUAGUGCCCUUAUUCAGGCAAAAAGACUCUGCUUGGUCCGCACUAAGGUGGACUGUGAUCUGCAUACCCUGAAAGGAAGGAUGAAGGAAGAAUACUCGAGAGUGGAAGUGUUGUCGGCACUGCGCACUGUCAUCCUACAGCCAUUCAAUGACAUGGCAAAGAAGGAGGCUUUACCACUUUUCUUGACGUCUGGAUUUGAACCAAACAAACUGGAUGUGCCCACACUCAAGACCAAAAUAGAAAAUACUUCAAGGGAACUUGGCAGAGCCUUGUGUCUUGCCCAGCAGGGUUACGAGGUGAUCGGCUAUGAAGAAAUUGCUGAAUUACAAUCGGCACUAGAAAGAGGAGGAAUCUCUGAAAUGGUCAGAUUCAUCCAGAACAGCUUGGACUCUCUUCUGGACACCCGCUUUGAUCUUGCAUUUAUGGGCGGUAACCCCGACUUUCGUCACUCUGUUCUGAAUUCUCUUCGUGGAUUGAGGGAUGGAGAGGAUGGUACGGCCCAUGGUGGAAACCCAGAAAAUCCAGUUGAGUAUGCCAGUCUUAAGUACCCCAAGGCCAGUUUGUGGGACCUUCCUGGCAUGGAAAGUCUGGAGUCCCAGCCCAAAAAGUAUCUGGAGAGCGUGCACAUCAACCAAUAUGACUUUACUCUACUGUUCCUCACACCAUGGCAGGAGGCCUCUUGUAGUUACAGAUCUCUUGUUCUUGAGAUAAAGAAGGAGGGAAAGAAAAGCAUCUUCAUCCAGGAUUGUGAAGAUGAUGAGAUGCCUCCAGGACCAAUCGAAGAGGAAGUCUUUGUUCUGUCUCCUGCUAAAGUUCCAGGGCCAGAAUUUCAUAGGUUUUUGGGUUAUCUGGAGAAAAAACUGCCCAGUAACAAAUUGCGCGCAUUUAUGCUCUCCCUCCCAAAUCUCUCUACUAUAGUAAUCGAGAAGAAAAAGGAAGCACUCUCUCAGGAAGUGUGGAAGGUGGCUCUCCUCUCUAGCUUGGUGGCUAGUGUACCUGUUCCAGGAGUUGCAAUAGCAUGUGACCUUUCCUUGCUCACUGCCCGUCUGGACACUUAUCGUAAAGAACUAGGACUGGAUGCUGACUCGCUAGCCAACCUUUCCCAUAAGUCAGGCGUGCCGGUUCCCAAGCUUAUGUUAGAGAUCCAGAGCCCUGCCGGGAAGGGGGUGACUCGGGAGCUGGUCCAGAAAAUGUUAGGUUCUGCUACUGGAAUUGGGUUGGAAGUGGCAGGAGUUUUCUUGCACAGGUUUCCUCUUCUUGGUCCCUUAGCCACUGGAGGAAUCGCUUUUCAUGCUAGCUACUUGAUAUUGAACCGAUGUUUAGUGGCUAUGGCAGAGGAUGCACAGAGAGUAUUAUCCAGAGCACAGUCCCCUCCUUAGACCUUAAGAUACUUUGAUGGUGCUUAUUGCUACUGCAUACAAUAAAUAAUGCUGAUCACCACUUCUAGCAUCUCUGAUAGCUGUCAGGCCUUCUUCACAUCACACUUUGUUCCUACAUGCUAAACAUGUCCAUUGUCAAAGGAGGCCAAAGGGUUGUAUUUUUGGCCUCUGUUGGGAUGGUAUUCUUGUGUAGUAGACUACUAUAGUAGUAAUUUUUUUUCUUGGUAAAAAAAAAUAAUUUUUUUAAUGUAAUACCGUAUUAACCAAUGGGUGCCUCAAGAAGCUUCAGUGACAUCGCUGUCCACGGGGCAAAAAUAUGGGAACCUUCUUACUCUCAUUCUCUUCCUAGGCUACCCAUAGAGUGGUGGUUUCGUAAAGAGCCACCUGAGACAGAUUUUGCCUUAAAGCGAUGAUAUAAGCCUUUUUGUAAUUAUGCAAAUUAGGCUCAAGAGCCCAGGGGGCGUUCCCCCAGCAUGGCAAGAGUCCAUGGGGUAAUAUCAGUCCGUAUCCUUGCUAUUACCACCCCACAGCCCGCUUGUAUCCACCUAUCCCGUUUGACUGACAGCCACUAGAUAAAGAGGAUAGGCCCUGGAUGAAGUUAUGUAGUUUUUCCAGUCAGAUGUGGUGCUCUCUGCUGCCACCUCUCUCCGUGUUGGGAACUGUCCAGAGCAGUAAAGGUUUACAAUGGGGAUUUGCUCCUACUCUAGGCAGUUCUUGACAUGGACAGAGGUGUCAGCAGAGAGCACUGUGGUCAGACUGGUAAGAACUACAUAACUUCCUCUAGAGCAGUGUUUCCCAAGCAGGGUGCCUCCAGCUGUUGCGCAACUACA